UGCUUCACAAUUCUACCAAUUUCUAGACCAGCCAGUACACAGAAGCAUUCACAAGAAAAAAGAUGAAAGUUUGGAUUCUUUUGUUCAGUUUGUUGGCGACAACGUUCGCCUACAGAAUAACAGUGGAAGAUGAAAGCGAACUUUGUGAUGAAGGCACCGAAAUGGGUGACGAUGGGGGAUUCGAUGACAUGGAUGACGGUGGAGGUUUUGAUGAUGAUUCAGAUACUACCGUAGCAGACGUAACAGAUUCCCUGCGUAUACUAGCCGAUAUCUUUACUGAAUUGAAGAAAACUGAAGAAGCGAAAGUAAUAACACAGGCUGCAGAUACCAUUGAUGCUGUUGUUAAAGAAGGUGACAAAGAACUUGAAGACAAAUUGAACAAAGAACUAAAAGCAGCAGAGGAAGAAAGUAAGACAGAACUGGAUAGCGAAAGCAAGGCCUUGGACGAGGAGCUAAAUAAGGCAAAGGCUGAAAUGCAAAAGGCGGACAAUUAAGUCAACCCAAAAAGAGCCGCAGUUUAAUCGUCGACUAAAUAAAACCCAUAGUUGAAGUGAGCCAUCUUGAAUGUGAUCAUCUGAGAACGCCGCGAGCCACACUUACAUGUAUGGACUGUCAUGUCAAUCAAUUUACAUGUAUGGACUAUCUUGUCAUUCAAUUUACAUAUAUGGACUAUCAUGUCAAUAAACAUUAGCAUAUGAAA